GUGCGGCCUCCUUCCCUCUCGCUCCUCCUCCUUAUCCAGUCCUCCGUGUGCCAGUGCGUGUUGAAGCCUUUCUUUGUAAAUCGCUUCUUCUUCACUGCGGUCUCUCCCUUUCCUUCUCGAGCAGUUGGUUGAUAGGAAAGAGAAAACGGACCUCUCUCUCUGUGAAUUCACAUCUGUGAUACGCCCGACCUCUUCCGUGUGUGCGCUUCUGACGGUUCUCCUUCCCCGAUCACUCCUGCUGUUCGCGUCGGUUCGCCCUUCCUCACCGCGCGCGGUUGUGGUAUUCUCUUCUUUCCGUGCUUUGUUGAUUCGCUCUCAGCCCUGUCCGUGGACCGUGUCGGUACUCGCACGCACGCGCGUCGAUGUGCAAGCAAGUCCUGCUCCCUGCUUCUGCGCAGGCUUUUCUUUUCCCCUACGUUGCUCUGCUACGCCUACUCUAAAAGGAGCCAUUUUUUCUUCUCGUUGCGGAGCGCUCUUCACCGCUGUCGGUGCCAGACAGAUUGCGGCGACACAAGUAGCCACAAGUAGCCACCCAGACAGACACGAUGCCGCAUCGCCAAUUUACACGAGUUUCACCUACUUUUUUUUUGUCCUUUUCCCCUUCGUGCAUCUCCGAAACGUGAGACAUGUCAGCGAGUAGGACGGUGGAGGCGCUUCUCACGCGCCUGCGCUCCCCGAAGAACGUGCGGUCGCCGCUGGUCUUCUGGACGGUGCUCGUCCUCGUCUUUAUGGCCACCUUCAUUAUCUCCUCCUUCCCUCUCAGGCUUUACACCCCUACCGUCGGCUUCCAACUGAGGCAACACCGUCAGCUGCCAAAGCCGAGGCCAGUCUCACCGGUCGUCACGCCUGCCGGCAGCUCCGUUAUCGAAGGCACGUACCAUCGAGUGGUAGUAGUCGGCGACCUGCACGGCGAUCUCGAUCGUUUGCGCAGCGUACUGCGUGCGGCACAGGUUCUAGAUGAAGUGACCGACAGCUGGCGAGACGGGUGCACCGACAUUCUCGUCCAGCUCGGCGACGUCGUGGAUCGCGGCCCGGAUGCACCAGCACUUUUGCAGCUCCUGCACCGUCUGAGAACGGAGGCCGCCAAGGCAGGCGGACAGGUGGUCACGCUCUCCGGCCACCACGAGAUGCUGGCGCUCAUGGGCAGCACUAGCGACAUACACCCGAGUCUGCUAGAGGGGUCGAGUGGCUCGCUGGGCUUUCGCCACCUCUACGGUGUGGGCGGCCGCUACGGGCGCAUGCUUGUGGAGGACAACCUCGCUGCCGUCCUCAUCGGUGAUGUAGUGUACGUGCACGGCGGACUGACGGCGACCUACGCGGCCUACGGCAUGGAACAGCUGAACAACGAGCUGUGGUAUCAAGGGCUGAUGGCGGCGAGCCUGUCGAAGCACGUUUUUCACUCCCCUGACAGUCCGCUGCGAGACCGCAGCAUCGUGGCGGCGGCGAUGCAGAGCAACUGCGGCCCCCUCGACGAAGCCCUACGUGCCCUGUCAAAGAAGGAGGGCAUCACGGUGGGUGCGAUGGUGGUGGGCCACUCUGUCAUGGAGAAGGGCAAGGUGGGUAGUUGGUGCAACGGCCGUCUGGUGAGCGCGGAUGUCGGCCUGAGCCGCUACAUCGAAGGCGGCGGCUACGAGGCGUACGUGACCGUCGAUCCCUACGUAGCUCCGGAGAAGGGGAAGAGGGCGCGCAAGACCGUGUCCACGGCCUCACGCAUUCACGCUCACUACCCUCUGGGCAGUGGUGUCCGUGUGCCAUCGAAUACCUAG